AAAACGAUAGAGCCCUCUUUUUGUUUAUAUAAGUAACACUCGCGAGUGGCGCCAUCUUCAUCACUUGCUCAUCGACAGUUGGGGAGAUAAUAGCCAAUUUCAAAAUAUGGGGGGUUUAAGCGAAAUUUUCGAAAAGUGGAAGCCUUAUGUGUUAAUGAUUUGUUUGCAAUUUGGAGGAGCGGGUAUGUAUAUUAUCUUAAUGGCCACUCUCAGCCGUGGCCAGAACCGCUACGUUCUCAUCUUUUAUCGAAAUGCCGUAGCUGCUCUCGUCCUCUCACCUUUUGCUCUCUUCUUCGAAAGGAAGGUGAGACCCAAGAUGACGUUUACGGUUUUCUUGCAAAUAAUGGCGCUUGGUUUUCUAGAGCCAAUAUUGGACCAGGGUUUUGGUUACUUGGGAAUGAAACUCACGUCAGCUUCAUACACUUCGGCUAUUAUGAACGCCCUUCCUUCUAUAACGUUCGUAAUCGCCUUAGUUCUCAGACAGGAGAAAGUGAAUAUUAAGGAGGUAAGAAGUCAAGCCAAGGUAAUUGGAACAUUGGUUACACUUGGAGGGGCAUUGGCAAUGACAUUGUACAAAGGUCCGGUCGUUCCUCUACCGUGGUCCGACCAAAAUUUGGACGGACACAACGGUAAUACGAACGACACACAAGACCAUGCCCAUUGGAUUGCUGGAACUAUGUUGAUCCUCCUUGGUUGCGUGGCUUGGUCAGGUUUUUAUGUUUUGCAAUCCAUAACGAUAAAGAAGUAUCCGGCCGAGCUGUCGCUGUCUGCCUUAAUAUGCUUUGCAGGGGCGGCCCAAAGCUUGGCCGUGGCUCUGGUCAUGGAGCGCCGUUCGAGCGGCUGGGCCGUCGGUUGGGACGCAAGGCUAUUCGCACCUCUUUACACUGGAAUAAUAAGCUCGGGAUUGACAUACUACGUUCAAGGCAUGGUGAUGAAGACAAGAGGCCCUGUCUUUGUGACUGCUUUCAACCCUCUUUGCAUGGUUCUUGUCGCUGUCCUUGCUUCCUUUAUUCUCCAUGAACAAAUUCAUCUCGGAAGCGUCAUAGGAGGGGUCGUGAUUGCCGUAGGGUUGUACUCGGUUGUUUGGGGGAAAGGAAAAGAUUAUACCGAAGCAGGAUUAGUUAUCCCUGAGAAGAAUAAAAACCUGCAAGAGCUGCCAAUCACAGCGAAAUUAGGUGACGUGGACACCAAAUUGACCUCUGCCGUAGCAGCGGCCGGCAACAACAACAACAACGCUCUUCCUGAUAGCGAGCAUUGCAACACAACUAAAAUAUAAAAAAAAAAUGGAAGUUUCUAAAAUAAUUAAUUUCAAAAAACCUCCUCUCCCACAUACAUAUAUACAUAUAUAUAUAUAUAUAUAUAUGAUCCGACCGGGCUGCUACCUGCGGUUGAAUCAGAAUACAAAUUGUUUCUCUA